GGUGCUGGGAGUUUUGUGCGUUGGCUGUGGGCUGCCCUGUGCCUGCCGGCGCGCUGGCUCUCCAGCUGGCGUCGCAGCGUGCCCGUCACCCCGCCCUGCUCCCCACUACUUGCCACCCUGCUGGAUAGCAGCUUCUCCUGGGACGAAGAGGAGGAGGAGGAGGAGGAGGAAGAUGGGAGCCUGGGGGAGGAUGUGUUCGAGGUAUCAGGGGUCUGCGGGCGGCAUAACCGGACCUGUCCCGGGGAGCUGCUAUCGCAGGACAAGCCCCCGAGCUCCCCGCCGCUGAACCUACGUCCCUCCGUGGGCAGCACUUCCACCCCGCGCCACCUCUCUCCACCGGAGACUGGCAGCAGGAGGACGAGGUCCUCAGCCGUCCAGGGCAGCCCCAACCUGAGCCGCAUCAGCCCGGAUUCCCCCCCCAGCAGCCCCGGCUCCCCCAACCUCCGCCGCACCCUGGCCUUCGAGGAGGACGAGGAGGAGGAAGCGCAGAGGGAGGAGAGCGCCCCCCAGGAUGCAGGCCAGCAUGGCUCCUUCGAGCCCAGGAAUCUCCUGAGCAUGUUCGAGGAUGCCACGGCGGAGCAGAAGUGACCGGGCACCAACGAUCAGCUGCCCUCCGCUUGAUCGUUCCUGGGGUGGGGAGAGUGAGUGAACCGCACUGGGGUAAUGAUCCCGCCCCGUGGGCCCUCGCCACCCCCGUUCUGUUCUCCACAGUGCUGGGGGUGGGGUGGGGACAGAGCCCUCCUUCCCUGACGCUGCUUCUGUUGCUGGCAGCGAGGGGGCUGCUGGGAGGAGCAGUUGGGGGUUGACUCUCAAUUUACUUUAUUUUUUUUUCUUUUCUUUUCCUUUUUUAAGCUUUUUAACCUCUUCAUGAACUGGUGGGAGGGACACAGGUGCUGCCAUCCCCUCCCACCAGGGGUCGCUGUGGCUCUGCCCCAGGCCAGGACCAACCGGGGUUUGUGGAUCUUUUGUUUUUGUUUUUUCUGUUUUUAAGGGAAGGCAGCAACUAUGAGAAGUGUUAAUAAAAAGUGCUUUGAAAUGA